AUGAGUACUCGUGGUUUCCGCGUGGGAACCAACCCUUGCCGCCUCAGGCUCGCCCUCCCCGGGCUGAGGUGGCUGCUGGGGCUGUGGCUGUUCCUGGGGCUUCAGGCCACCCCCAGCGCGGCCUUCUACCUCCCCGGGUUGGCUCCAGUUAACUUCUGCGAGGCGGCCCGAGAGACUGCAACCUGCAAGUCGUCAAUAGCACUAUUUGUAAAUAGAUUGGACUCAACAGAAUCUGUCCUGCCUUAUGAAUAUAAUACCUUUGACUUCUGUCAAGCCUCUGGGAAGAAAAACCCUUCUGAAAAUCUCGGACAAGUACUAUUCGGAGAACGAAUAACAUCAUCUCCCUAUAAGUUUUCUUUUAACAAGACAGAAACGUGUAAAAAAGUCUGUGUAAAAUCCUACGAUAAAGGAAAUGACGACCCCAAGAAAAAGCUGGCUUUUUUGAAGAAAGGGAUACAACUAAGUUAUCAACAUCACUGGAUUAUUGAUAAUAUGCCAGUAAUAUGGUGUCACGUUAUUGAGGAUGGAAAGUACUGCACAACAGGAUUUCCGAUAGGAUGUUUUAUUACCAAUGAUGGCGCAGCAAAAGAUGCUUGCGCUAUCCGCCCUGAAUUCAACAAAAGUAAUACUUUCUAUCUCUUCAACCACGUUGAUAUUAUUAUCACAUAUCACAAAGAAAGUGAAAGAAAUUGGAGUACUGCAAGAUUGGUUGCUGCUAGACUAGACCCCCAAAGCUAUAAGCAUUCAGAUGAAAACCACCUGACUUGCAGUGGACCCCCUAUGGAAAUUCCUGGAGAAGAUACAGAUAAGAUGAAUGUAACCUACACUUACUCCGUGAGAUUUGAAGAAAACAGAAAUAUCAGGUGGGCAUCUAGAUGGGAUUAUAUUUUGGAGUCCAUGCCUCAUACCAACAUUCAGUGGUUUAGUAUUAUGAAUUCCUUCGUUAUUGCUCUCUUCUUGUCUGGGAUGGUGGCUAUGAUUCUAUUAAGAACGCUCCAUAGAGAUAUGAUCAGAUAUAAUCAGAUGAAUUCUGAAGGCAUCCAGGAGGACUUCGGUUGGAAGCUGGUUCAUGGGGAUGUAUUCAGACCUCCAAGGAACAGAAUGCUGCUGUCAGCUUUCCUGGGGCAAGGAACACAAGUUUUGAUUAUGACAUUUAUUACCUUAUUUCUAGCCUGCUUUGGUUUUCUGUCCCCCGCCAAUCGAGGGGCCUUAAUGACCUGUGCCGUCGUGUUAUGGGUCCUCUUGGGAACCCCUGCCGGAUAUGUGUCCGCCAGAAUGUAUAAAACACUUAAAGGUGUUAACUGGAAGACAAAUUUUCUGCUGACGGCACUCUUAUGUCCUGGUGUCGUCUUCAUCGACCUGUUCUUUAUGAACCUGAUUCUUUGGGUGGAAAGGUCAUCGGCUGCCAUCUCCUUUGGUACCCUGAUAGGUAUCCUUGCGCUGUGGUUUGGAAUUUCUGUACCAUUAACAUUUUUGGGUGCAUACUUCGGAAGCAAGAUAAAGCAGUUUAGGUGUCCAGUUCACACAAACCAGAUUCCCCGUCAUAUUCCUCGGCAGAAUUUCUUUACUAAACCGAUUUUUGGCAUCAUAAUCGGUGGCAUUUUACCUUUUGGCUGUAUUUUUAUUCAACUCUUUUUCAUUCUAAACAGUAUGUGGUCUCAUCAGAUGUACUUCAUGUUUGGCUUCCUUUUCUUGGUCUUUAUAAUUCUCCUGAUUACCUGUUCAGAAGCUACAGUUUUGCUGUGUUAUUUCCAUUUGUGCGCUGAGGAUUAUCGUUGGUGGUGGAGAGCCUUUUUUACCAGCAGUUUUACAGCUGUUUACCUUUUCAUAUAUGCAGUUCAUUACUUCUUCGCCAAACUUCAAAUCACGGGCUUUGCAAGCAGCAUUUUAUACUUUGGGUACACAAUGGUCAUCGUCCUGAUCUUCUUCCUUUUUACAGGGACAAUUGGAUUUUUUUCUUGUUUCUGGUUUGUUACUAAAAUCUACAGUGUGGUGAAAGUGGAUUAA